ACCGGAAAACGGAAUGGUCUCCAUGUGAACGCUGUCCCGCCUCCUUUCGACGACUGCGACGGCCGGGAAAAACCCGUCCGGGUGCAACGAAGGCUCGCCGAGCGAAACGUUCCGCGGUUUGAGAGCCUCCCACUCGCCGUUAUGGAGAGGAGUCGCCCCCCGGACCUGUGCGGCGGCGGCAGCAGCGCUUGGUCUUGUUGCCUGGUGUGGAGCCUCCCGCGGGGCCUAGCGCUGGGCCCUUCCCUGGCCGCUGAGGAGGGACUGGGAGUGUGGUGUGUGGGGAGCGCCCUCCGGCCGGGGGCGCCACUGCCCCUGCCUGGGCCGCGGGAGGAGGAACAACAAGAGGCGGACGCUUCCUUGGGGGCAUUUCCCUCAACCUGUGGGAAAGGGGCUUCCACUUGCAAUGGGCUAUCCAGCUGGAGGAGCCUAGUGAAGAAAAGUCGAAAUGAAGAUGAGGCAAAUGUGACAUUAACAUGGAUAGAUGGAGAACUCGACAUCAAGGUGUGCUGUCCCAUUGUUGCUGGCACUGAAUUGUUGUACUGGACAACAGCGCCUGAGACUGGUCCUGUCCACCUGGAAAAGAGUGCACCAGCAAGUAUAUCGGAUGGCAGAGUUGUUACAGAAAGGGAGAAUCAACAAGAACUGCUGGCAGUGGCCAUGACUGAGACCACAGGUAUCGAAGUAGAGGCUCUGGUGCAGCAAGGAGGUGCCUCCUUAGAUGGAAAUGCAGCAGAUCCAUUUGCAGCUCUCCUGCAAUCAGGAGGUUUCACAAUGGGACAGAGCAGAACCAGAAUGCUGAGGACCCUUCUCCUGGCCAGCCUCCUACACCUCACACUGAGCCAUGACAAGGUUUUUCUUGAGCAGAAGCAAGCUCUCUCUGUGCUGAAGCGCCCACGACGUGCCAACAAGAAAUUUGGGGAGGAGUUCUUUAAAGGCAACCUAGAACGGGAGUGUCUGGAGGAAACCUGCAGCUAUGAGGAGGCUCGUGAAGCCCUUGAAUCUGCUGUCCUUACGGAAUUAUUCUGGAUAAAAUACUCAGUUUGUCAUUCUCUGAGGCCGUCCAGACAAAGCUUUGACGAGUGUCUGAAAGGUCACUGCAUCACAGGUCAAGAUACUGGGCAAAACUACAGAGGGAACAUUUCUGUCACCAAGUCAGGAAUUGAGUGCCAAUACUGGAGUAGCAAAUUUCCUCACAAGCCUGAGCUCAACACGACAACCCAUCCAGAUGCCAGCCUAACCGAAAACUACUGCAGGAACCCAAACAAAAGCUCGAAGGGUCCCUGGUGCUAUACCCGAAACCCAGAGGUGCGAGCAGAAGAGUGUGCUAUUCCUAUAUGUGGUGAGAACCGGACCAUGGUACCUUUUACUCCAAAAGCCCAUCCACCACACCCAAAGCUGCAACAACCCUGUGAAGCUGAUAAGGGACUGCUGUAUACUGGGACCCUCGCUGUCACCAUCUCUGGGGCCCAGUGCUUGCCAUGGGCCUCAGAAAAGGCAAGGCAGCUGCGCCGUGGAAAACACUUCCUGCAAAAUAUAAAUCUGGUGGAGAAUUAUUGUCGUAAUCCUGAUGAUGAUGAUGAAGGUGUCUGGUGCUAUAUAGACCAUCCUAACAACACCUUUGACUACUGUGACUUGCACUACUGUGAAAGCACUCUGGAGGAUGAGGAGGAAGAAGAAAUAGCAGGCCGAACUAUUGUCCAAGAAUACAGCACCUUCUUUGAUCCUGAGACUUUUGGUCAAGGCGAAGCUGACUGUGGUAUCCGUCCUCUGUUUGAGAAAAAGAAGAUUCAAGAUAAUUCUGAACAAGAGCUAGAAGAAUCCUAUCAAGGAGGCCGAGUUGUGGGGGGUCAAAAAGCUGAAAAGGGCAGUUCUCCAUGGCAAGUGAUGCUGUUCAAGAAGAGACCUCAGGAGCUCCUCUGUGGUGCCAGCCUCAUCAGCGACCGCUGGGUCCUUACUGCCGCCCAUUGUAUCUUCUAUCCACCCUGGGAUAAGAACUUCACUUCAAAUGACCUCCUUGUACGGAUUGGCAAACACAACAGGAAACUAUAUGAACGGGACAUGGAGAAGAUUGCCCAGCUGGAUAACAUUAUCAUCCACCCAAAAUACAACUGGAAGGAAAAUCUGGACCGGGAUAUUGCAUUGCUGCACCUGAAGAGACCUGUUCCUUUCAGUGACUAUAUCCAACCAGUCUGCUUACCCACAAAGGAGAUUGUGCGGAGGCUGAUGCUAACAGGAUACAAAGGGCGUGUUUCUGGUUGGGGAAACCUGCAAGAGACCUGGAGCUCUGGUAAGGCAACUACACCAGACGUCUUACAGAAGCUGAACCUUCCCAUUGUGGAUAAAGCCACCUGUAAAGCAUCCACCAAGAUUAGAGUCACAGACAACAUGUUCUGUGCAGGGUACAGCCCUGAUGACAGCCAAAGAGGAGAUGCAUGUGAGGGCGACAGUGGGGGUCCUUUUGUCAUGAAGAACCCAGAUGACCAGAGAUGGUAUCAAGUGGGAAUUGUCUCAUGGGGAGAAGGUUGUGAUCGUGAUGGCAAAUAUGGAUUCUACACCCAUGUCUUCCGUCUGAAGAAAUGGAUGCAAAAAAUUAUUGACAAACAUGGGUCUUAAAAGAAUUAUCUAAGUAGCUGCACCCUGGCUGAUAGACCUAACGAUAACACUAACAAUGCCUAAGGAUGGAAACUUAUCCGGGCACAACUCCAAUAAAGGUUCUGCGCCAAAA